AUGAGCCUCGAGCGCCCCAGUAAGCGGGGCCUCGGGAAGACCUCUGCAGCGCUGAACAAGGCCUCCAUUGUCAGCAUCGCCAAGCAGUCGCGCUUUGGUGACGCCAGCGUCAUUGCAUCAGGGGAGGAACCCUGGCACGCCUGCGAAGCGGCCGAUGUACUCGAUGACCUGGCCACAUCGGCAACGGACGGCCUCGCCGCGCCGGAGGCCGCCCGCCGGCUACAAGAGUUUGGCGCCAACGCGCUGACGCCCGCGAAGCGCAAGGGCUUUCUCGCGAAGCUCUGGGCGCAGCUGAACAGCACUGUCAUCUACAUCCUUCUGGCGGCCGCCAUUAUAGAGGGUGCAUUCCAGGCAUGGGCCGAGUGCGGGCUGGUCCUGGCGGUCAUCGUAAUUAACACGGCCAUAGGGCUGUUCCAGGAGGGCCGCGCCGAGAAGGCAGCCGACGCCAUCAAAGCCAUGCUGUCCCCGACCGCCAAGGUCCUGCGGGACGGCCAGCUGGUGACCAUCCCUGCAGAGGAGCUGGUGCCGGGUGACAUAGUGACGCUCAAGUCGGGUGACAAGGUGCCGGCGGACCUGCGGCUGCUCAGCGCAAGCAACCUCCAGGUCCAGGAGGCGAUGCUGACGGGCGAGUCUGUGCCGACCUCCAAGAUCACGCACCCAGUGCCCGCCGGCGCCCCGCUCGGCGACCGCAAGAACCUGGCGUUCAGCGCGACCACCGUGGUGUCUGGCACAGCGGAGGGCGUCGUGGUCGGCACCGGUGACAGCGCAGAGAUCGGUCAGAUCAACAAGAUGGUGUCCACGGUCGAGGAGGCCCACAACAACCUGACGCACCAGCUGACUAUCUUUGGACGGUGGCUCGCCGUACUGGUGGGCGUGGUGGCGCUGGUCUCCUUCCUGCUGGCCCUGCUGCGCGCGGGCGAGGGCCUGCAGCGCGCCUUUGAGACGGCUGUCAGCAUCUCAGUGGCCAUCAUCCCCGAGGGCCUGCCGGCAAUCGUGACGAUUGUGCUGGCGAUUGGGACGACCGUCAUGGCCCGGAACAACGCCAUCAUCCGGCAGCUGCCGGCCGUCGAGACCCUGGGCAGCGUCAAUGUUAUCUGUUCCGACAAGACGGGCACCCUCACGCGCAACGAGAUGACUGUGGUCGCCGUCCGCACCGCCGCCAGCCUCUACAGGGUAAGCGGCGUCGGCUACGCGCCCGUCGGAAGCUUCACCCUAGCUUUCUCCCCGACCCCCGCCCCCGUCGGGCGCCCCGGCUCGCGGGCGCCGGCGGCCGCGGCGCCUGGCGGCACGCCGGCGACGGAGGGGGACUUGCAGGUUGUCAUUGAGGGUGCCCCGAGCGGCGGCGGCGCCGGCGCGGCGCAGGAGGCCGCGCAGGAGGCUGCGGCGGCGGCGGGCGCGCCGCUGGACGCGGCGGGCAUGGCGGUGCUGCGGGCGCUGCUGGAGGGCGCGGUGCUGUGCAACGAUUCGGCCCUGUCGAGGGCUGAGAAGGAGGGGGGCGGCAGCGUCGUGUACACGCCGAUGGGGGCGCCGACAGAGGUGGCGCUGCUGACCGCCGGCGAGAAGGCCGGACUGGAGCAGUCCGUCCUCAAGGCCUCAAAGCCCCGCCUGGCCUCGGUGCCCUUUGAGUCGGAGCACAAGUUCAUGGCCACAGUCCACAACGAGGGCGGGGCGCGUGUCAUGUAUGUGAAGGGCGCGCCAGACAGGCUGCUGCCGCUCUGCAGGGCGCAGGUCGCCGACAAUGACGUCAGCGUGACGUCACCCCUGGACAUCGGGCUCUGGCAGCAGGCGCAGGCAGAUCUCAGCAACCAGGGCCUGAGGGUGCUCGCGCUGUGCAG